AUCUUCUCUAUGAGUGUAGGGCUCUAUGAGUGUAGGAAUGCUGUUUUAUCUUCUGUUGGUCCUGGCAUAUACUAAGCCUUAAUAAAUGCUCGAAUGUUUGACUAUUUGGAUGAGUGAAUUAGAAGUGUGUGUGAGCUGCUGCGUGGUGCUGUUUUUGAUUGCCUACGGAACCAGGAGAGCUGUCCCUUAUUGCAUUGAGAGACAAGAGAGAGAAAGGAGACCCAGUUGAGGCUGCUGGUAUAGCCACAAGCCAGAGGGUAUGGUCUGCUUCCCUGGGUGCCCCAUUGCGGCCUCCUGGGUGGUGGGGUCAGCACCCACAUCCAAUCAAGCAUUUAUUACUGGCUUGGCAGAAUCAGCCCCGGCAAUUUCGUAGAGGUGGUUAGAGAGGAGCCUCCUUGAGUCAUUCUGAGGAAGAGAAUUCAAGGUCAGGACUCACCUUGGCGGGGAGAGGACAGCAACCCAGGUCACCUGCGACCUGGUCUUCACAGUAAUGGGCGCUUGCGGCAACGGCUGUAAGGUCUGCUGGUGGCUGGCUGGGCGCCAGAGCAGCGCUGCUGUUAGGCGGCCGGUCCUGCCCCCUCCGCCGGUUUUCCUCCCCCUCCUCCGUCUCCCUGCCCACUCCUGCUUGCAGCAUCCUCUGCAAGGAGAGGAACGUGCCGCGCUCGGACGCGCUGUCCUGGCCGAGCGGCGGCACCCGGGUCGCACUCUGGACCGCCGGGGUCUGCCGUCUGGCGCUGCGCCAAGUGCUUUGAUGCGCGCUGAUGUCAAGUGGGUGUGGGCUCUUAGGGAAGGCCGGGCGAGGACGAGGAGGGAGCGAGAUGCGCCGCGGGCGCGCUGAGGCCGCAGCGCGCUCCGCCGCCCCGCGCUGCUGACCGGUAGCCGGCCCCGGCUCCAGGAGCGGGCUCAUGGAGCCGCGGCGCUGCCCGUCCGGGGACGCGUGCCCUGCCGCCCUGGGGGGCUGGAGGGGGCCGCCUCGGGGGGCCUGCAGCCAUAACCAGCAGACCACAGCCUUCAGGCAUCCUGUGAGUGGGCAGUUUUCUCCAGAAAAUAGCGAAUUUAUUCUUCAAGAAGAGCCAAAUCCACAUAUGUCGAAGCAAGAGAGAAACCAAAGACCGUCCAGCAUGGUCAGUGAAACAUCCACUGCCGGGACCACUUCUACCGUGGAGGCCAAGCCUGGCCCCAAGAUCAUAAAGUCCAGUAAAGUCCACAGCUUUGGGAAGAGGGACCAAGCCAUUCGGAGGAACCCCAAUGUUCCGGUGGUGGUGAGGGGCUGGUUGCACAAGCAGGACAGUUCCGGGAUGAGGCUGUGGAAGAGGAGGUGGUUUGUGCUUGCUGAUUAUUGCUUGUUUUACUAUAAAGACAGCCGAGAAGAAGUGGUCCUUGGGAGCAUCCCUCUGCCCAGCUACGUGAUCUCAACAGUGGCCCCCGAGGAUCGCAUAAGUCGCAAGUAUUCCUUUAAGGCCGUGCACAUGGGGAUGCGAGCACUCAUCUAUAAUAGCUCCACCAGGGGCUCUCAGGCCGAGCAGUCAGGCAUGAGGACCUACUACUUCAGUGCCGACACCCAGGAGGACAUGAACGCUUGGGUCAGGGCCAUGAACCAGGCUGCACAGGUGCUAUCUCGAUCGUCACUGAAGAGGGACAUGGAGAAGGUGGAGCGGCAGGCGGUCCCCCAGGCCAACCACACAGAGUCCUGUCGAGAAUGUGGCCGCAUGGGACCCGGACAUGCAAGGGAUUGUUCUCAUCGCAAACACGAGGAUUCCUUUGGAUUCGAGAGGCGGGAGCAGGAGGAAGACCGGUACCGCUCCCAGAGGGACCCACUGGAGGGCAAGCGGGACAGGAGCAAGGCCAGGUCCCCAUACUCACCCACCGAAGAGGAUGCCUUGUUCGUGGAUUUACCCUGUGGCCCGAGAGGCCAGCAGGCCCAGCCCCAAAGGGCAGAGAGGAACGGUGUGCUGCCUGGCACAUCUGGCCCAGGAGAGCAGAACGGGACUGGCGGGUACCAGCGGGUCUUUCCUUCCAGGACCAAUGCUGAGAAGCACAGCCAGAGGAAGAGCAGCCUGGCGCAUGUGGAGCAGUGGGCAAAGACCCAGAAGGUGGAUGGCAGGAGCCUGCCCCUGGACCAGACCCUUCCUCGCCACGGUCCCAGCCAAUCCCUGUCCUUCCCAGAAAACUACCAGACUCUUCCCAGGAGCAGCCGACACCCCUCAGGGGGCUCUUCACCCCCUCCCCGCAACCUGCCGAGUGACUACAAGUACGCGCAGGACCGAGCCAGCCACCUGAAGAUGUCGAGUGAGGAGCGCCGGGCACACCGGGAUGGCACCGUGUGGCAGCUCUACGAGUGGCAGCAACGCCAGCAGUUCCGGCACGGCAGCCCCACGGCGCCCAUCUGUGCCGGUUCCCCAGAGUUCACCGACCAGGGCCGAAGCAGGAGCAUGCUAGAGGUGCCCCGCUCCAUCUCUGUGCCUCCAUCUCCCUCGGACCUCCCUCCCCCGGGACCCCUGAGGGCCUUCCCACCCCGGCGGCCACACACGCCAGCAGAGAGGGUCACUGUGAAGCCACCGGACCGGAGAAGGAGUGUGGACAUCUCACUGAGCGGUUCUCCCAGGAAGACAUGGGGCCACGCCACCAAGAACUCCUCUCAUCUGGACCGACGCUCCAUGCCCUCCAUGGGUUACAUGACCCACACUGUCAGUGCUCCCAGUUUACAUGGAAAAUCGGCUGACGAUACCUACCUCCAGCUGAAGAAAGACCUGGAGUACCUGGACCUAAAGAUGACAGGCCGGGAUCUUCUCAAGGACCGAAGUCUGAGGCCAGUGAAGAUUGCCGAGAGUGACAUCGACGUGAGUGAGCAGAGUAACAGGCUGACCCCUCACCUGCCUGCUGCCUCCAGACCCAGGGUUAAACUGAGCGUCUUCUGUGAACAAGACAGGAUCCUCCAGGACUUGGAAGACAAGAUACGAGCCCUUAAGGAGAACAAAGAUCAGCUGGAAUCCGUGCUGGAGGUGUUGCACAGACAGAUGGAGCAGUACCGAGACCAACCCCAGCACCUGGAGAAGAUUGCCUACCAGCAGAGGCUGCUGCAGGAGGACCUUGUCCACAUCCGGGCAGAGCUCUCCAGAGAGUCCACUGAGAUGGAAAAUGCCUGGAAUGAAUACCUGAAGUUAGAGAGAGAUGUGGAGCAGCUGAAGCAGACCCUGCAGGAGCAACACAGAAGAGCCUUUUUUUUCCAGGAGAAAUCGCAGAUACAGAAGGAUCUCUGGAGGAUCGAAGAUGUCAUUGCAGGCCUGAGUGCAAAUAAAGAGAACUUCAGAAUCCUGGUGGAAUCGGUCAAAAAUCCGGAGAGGAAAACAGUGCCUUUGUUUCCUUACCCGCCUGUGCCUUCAAUCUCCUCUUCUGAGAGCAAGCCGUCCCUGCUGCCCAGCCCGCCCACCAGCCCCAUGCGGACCCCUCUGGAGGUUCGACUCUUCCCCCAGCUGCAAACCUACGUGCCGUACCGACCUCACCUGCCCCAGCUGAGGAAGGUGAUGUCUCCCCUUCAGUCACCAACCAAGACGAAGCCCAGAGCUGAAGACGAGGCACCUCCCAGGCCCCCGCUCCCUGAGCUCUACAGCCCGGAGGACCAGCCCCCGGCCGUGCCACCUCUACCGAGGGAGGCCACCAUCAUCCGGCACACUUCAGUGAGGGGCCUCAAGCGGCAGUCGGACGAGAGGAAACGAGACCGGGAGCAGGGGCAGUGUGUGAACGGGGACUCGAGGGUGGAACUCCGGUCAUACGUCAGUGAGCCUGAGCUGGCGACCUUCAGUGGGGACGUGGCCCCUCCCUCCCUGGGACUCGUGGGCUCUGAGAGCAGGUACCAGACGUUGCCAGGCAGAGGGCUCUCGGGGUCCACGUCAAGGCUCCAGCAGUCGUCCACCAUUGCUCCCUACGUCACGCUUCGGAGGGGUCUAGAUGCCGAAAGCAGCAAGGUGACCUACCCUAGACCCAGGAGUGCCUUGGAGCGCCUGUACUCAGGGGACCACCAGCGGGGCAAGAUGAGCGCGGAGGAGCAGCUUGAGCGCAUGAAGCGGCACCAGAAGGCGCUGGUCCGGGAGCGCAAGAGGACGCUGAGCCAAGGAGAGAGGACGGGUCUGCCCUCGUCCCGCUACCUCGGCCAACCACUCCCUGGAGAUCUCGGCUCAUGGAAGCGCGAGCAGGACUUUGACCUGCAGCUGCUGGAACGGGCCGUACAAGGGGACAGGAAGGACAAGGAGGAGAAUGGCUGGCUGAAGGUGCAGGCUAUGCCUGUCACUGAGUUGGACCUGGAACCACAAGACUAUGACGUGGACAUCAGCAGAGAGCUCUCCAAACCAGAGAAGGUCUCCAUCCCCGAGCGUUACGUGGAGCUGGAUCCUGAAGACCCGCCCAGCCUGGAGGAGCUGCAGGCGCGGUACCGCAAGGCCGAGAAGAUCCGUAACAUUCUUACCCGGUCCAGCAUGUGCAACCUGCAGCCGGUGUCCGGCCAGGACCGGGACGGCGUGGCCGACCUGGACUCGCAGCUGCAGGCGCAGGAGCGCAUCAUCAACAUCUCCUACGCCCUGGCCUCAGAGGCCUCCCAGCGCAGCAAGCAGGUGGCAGCGCAGCAUCUGGCCCUCCUCCCGCCUAAAGCCCCCCUGUCCUCCAGGACGGUGCCACCUUACCCCCCCUUAAGCAACGGACUCCACUACACCUUUGUCUAACACCUUUCAACCCAGGCAGUGACUGACCCGUGAUCCAGCGUGCAGAGAAGUCUGGAGCCAGGGGCCAGUGGAACCAGUUUCCUCCAAGAAGAUUGAUCCUUCUUCCCCUUCCAGCUGAGCCGGGGUUGAGGCUGGAGGGCAGAGCACCACCAGCUGUGGGGCAUUCACCACAGGGCUAGGGCCUAACACCCACGCUUGUUUUAGUUCAGACUCCUUUUUACAUGUGACAAAGGCACUUUUAAUACACACUGUAAAAUACUGACUCUGUAUUUUAGAAUCAGGCUGUAUUUUAUAAUGUUCACCUCAAGGGCCGAGUGGCUGAGAAGGUGAGGAUGCAGGAUUUUGGAGCUGCACAUACAGAUCCAGGUACCGUUUGGGUGGUGGGUGUGGGUGGGAACCGAAGGGCAGGGUGAGCAGAGGCCAGUCCAGCAUCUGCUGAACUCAGGUGAGGUUGGAUUGGAGAUGUACUUCCAGUGGAUUCCAGCGUUGGGCUCAUUGGUGUGUUGUCCAGGGCAGUGAUCAGCUGACCCUGACCUGGCCUGAUGACCAGCUCUGUAGGGUGAAACUCCACCGAGCUGGCACGUGGAGCCUCGGCCUUGGGUCUGGCUUAGGCCCAAAGGUGUGUCCAAGAACAUUGGUUCCCAACCUGCCCAUGAGGUUCUCUCAGCAAAGGGCUCUUCAAAAAAUACAAAAACAGUUCGCUGUAAUUAAAAAAAAAAAAACAAAAAACACUUUGAAAUACAGACAAGGUGAGAAGAAACACCUUUGAUUUGUAUCAUAAGCAAUAAACGUCACACUGGGUGGCAUCUACCUACAACUCCCCGAGUCCGCACUAGGCUGUGAUAGGUAUCCUGGGCUCGUUGUGGCUGGCCCCUGAGAACACAGGUCAGCCUACCCAGGACUUGGGUCAGGUGGCAGGUGGGCAGGCAGUGGGCCCCUACCCUCCCUCAUGGCCAGCAGGGCCAUGAUGACAGGACUAUGACUUGACUUCCAGCCUAAAACGGGGAGGGCGCUGUUAAGCCAGGCGCAGUGUUUGUGGCCCUUUAUGUAAGUCAUGAUAUUCUGCAUUUGGAAAAUGAAGUUGGAAGAAAACAAAAAACAACUCCAUUGGGUGGAGCCACACUUUAAAUGAAAAUUUGUCUUUGACUAUGGUCAGAAAAAUAAUCUUGAAUAUAUUUAGAAGUUGCCGUCUAUUUUUAACUAACUCCAUAUGCUGCCAGUAUCAACUUCAUGACAUUUGCCAAAAUAAGAUUUUAUUUUUGCCUUUAUAAGAUUUUGUUGGAAAAAAUGAAAUGACUAUUUUGCAAGAAAAAGUUAAUUUAAAUAAAACUGUAAUGGUUUGCAAAAAAAAAAAACAUGUGAUGUACAGAUUAAACUAUUAACCUGAUAUGCUUCCUGCUUUUUGCUGCCUAUAUUCUCCUGAGUGGCCUGUGUUAGGUUUUUUUCCGUUUCCUUGGAAAACCCCCAGUGUCAGCUCUGGAUCCUGCGGUGUUCACCUAUGAAGUCUCUCCUGAUGACAGUUCCAUGACACGUGAUUGACUCUGGAGGCCUGAGGGAGGAAGGCCUGCGCACUUGGGCCUUUGGCUGGGCUUCAGCAGCCGCUCAGGAUGGCCCCCCACCUCGCCCCCGCCCGGCUGAGGGGCCGCCGGGCUGUGGACUUCUGUGCGGGGCUGGUUUGGCAGGCGGUCUGCAAUCCCAGACAAAGGGAGGGACUCCGCAGGCCCUCUUCCAGCCCACACGCCUCCAGCUCGUUCCAAUGAGGCGGGUUAGUGACGGACCAUUGCAAGCUGGACUUGUGUUUAAUUCGUUUUGACUUGUGAUAUGUGCUUAAAACAGAAGGCAGGAGGCCAGUUCAGUUUAGGGAUGCGUGCGCUUCCAAGUUUGUUGCUAUGGCAGUUUUUCUCUGUUGCCAAGAAGGGCGCCCUCAGUUUAGAGUGACUUUCCAACUAGUUAAACUGGAGAAAAUAGAUACCAAGGCAUUCCAAAGAGGGAUUGCUGCUGCUUUUUUAGCUACUGCUCUCCUUUUGAAUUUUAAAAUGAAAAAUACUCUCUGGUUUUAAGCAUUACUUGGAGCCAUCUCCAUAACCUAUGAAAGGGAGGCAGGGGCGGUGGGGAGGAGGGUUUGUCCAUAACUGAGUGCAAGGCAAGAAAAAAGGUACAGGAGGCCCCCCUGCCCCACAGGGUGACUCCUGCCGGGAGGAGGGGUAGCCUGUUCUGUAAGAAUUGUGGCCCAAAUUUCAAACAGAGAGGGUGACAGGCCCUCACGUCAGACUUCAUGGAGAGCACGCGUGAUCUGGAAAAGGCACCCUCUGGCUAUGUCACGUGUGAGCAGGCGCAUGGCCCGGCCCCCUUCUCCGCCCCCUGGAGAGGACUCGUUACCUGAGGUAAGAUGCCAUCUGCGUAAGGACCGGCUGACCAGGGACCCUCCAGGUGGGGGGGGGCCACUGGGAAACCCCACGUGGCCCAACGAUUCCGGCUUUGCUUCUUUACCGGGACCCACGGGGCCUGAGCAGAGUUUGAAACGAUGGGAUUGCAGUCAGCAGAGGGGGCAUGAGCAUGCUUCAGCACCCCUGCUGACAUCCAUUCCUGACUUUAACUCUAACCCAGGUCCCGGUCGAGCCCAGUAUGUCUAUCUUAUUUGAGCAAGAACCAACAAGAACAUUUUAGAAUCUAGUAUUAACAGGGGUUGGGAAUAAUCUUUUCCUAAUGCCCACUUGACCCUUCUGAACUGCCCAGAUUCUCAACAUGUCCAGGGUGUUGUUUAAAUGAUUGAAGUUGAGAUGUGUGUACAUUUGUGAGUGCACGUGAGGCAGAUGUGCCCAGACUGAUGCGGGUGUUGAAAGCAGGCCUUUUGUUUGCUCCCUUGCAUUCACUUUUCUGCCCGCCUUUGUGUCUGGCUGGGGGGAUGGGAUCCGCAACUAGUCCCUUCUCCCUCUGACCCCUUGGCCACCUUCACUUAAGCUGGGUUCUAGAAUUCUCCUGGCUGUUGUAGGUUGCAGCCUAAGGCCAGGGAAACCUCCAUCUGCCCAAGGUCAGCUUGGGGAUAGAAGGCAUGGGGGGUGGAGUGGAUGUGGACCCUGACUCAGCUGGACAAGAGCCCAUUUUAGGCUUUGGGAGUUUCCCCCAGCUACGGUACAGAACUCUACGGCAAAUCCUUUUGUGUUCGCACCAAGGGCGGGAAAGAAGCAGCGGAGUAUUUGCCUAAUCCACAGAUCACAUCUCUGAGAUGAGGCAGGCAAAUGCUGGGAGCCCUCUGCUUCCGAUUCAGCAUCAGACACCGGGGCACAUGAGGGACUUUGCCCAUGUGGGUUGCGUGCCGUUACGAAAAGAACAAAGAGACGAGGCUGGGGGGGAUGUGAAAAAUGGCAGCCCCUCCCGGCCCGGUAAACACGCCAUUGCUUUGCCAUCUCCACUCCAAAGGCUACCACUUUCAUUGCUCUCCGAGCAAAGAAACCUUUCUUCAGAGCGAGUGGCAGGGUACAAAGGCAGAGUACAAAAUGUGCACACAUCACAGUCCCCGCAAUUCUGUUUGAACAAGCAUAUUGAUUGGGUCUGACCUUGUUACAUUUUUUUCCUAUUAUUUGAAAAGGUGCAUCUAAGUGUAGUGAAUUGAACCAGCGGAACUGAACUUUCCAUGAAAACUUCUCGAGGUAUUUCUUUAGUUCAAAGCUUUUGAAUUUUAAAGGGCAUUUUUAAUACGAGUCUGUUGAGUAUUCUCUGCCACAGCCCAACAAGGGAUGUUAAAUGCAUAUGAGGAUGGAGCGAGGGCACCCGUGGGGUGGACGUGCCCACACAGCGGAGGGUGGUUGGAGGGUGCAGGCCAGCCCAGGAAGGGCUAAGCUUUGGGGGGAGAGGCCGAGCCUGUGGAGCAGCACACACAGACCCCAAAAAGGAUCUCUCUGAGCUCACUGGGGACAGCUUAGGAGACAGGGAAGAGGUUUCCCAGCUGAGCUUCUCAAAGGCUUUUAUGUGGAGAGCUGAGAAGUACUUGCUAGGGGCCCCUUCUGAUGGGCGAGGGUUUUGUCCUUGGGAAUAAGGGACUCCUUACUCAGCCACUCGCUUUCUCUUACACUGUGUUUUAGAACUGAGAAGGAAUAAGAGGCACAGCCCCUUGGCUGAGGUCACAGAGUCAGAAAAGAAGCUGCCACUGUCCUCAGCCCUUGACAUCACUUAACAAUUGCAGGUGCUUUCCUGCUGAGCCCUGAGCUGCAUCCCAAUCCUCGACUGAUCUGACGUCUUAGGACGUUUUGCUGAUCGUGUGGGCCACAGCUGUGGUCCCUCUUGCCAUCCUGGCCUGGGCCCUUGAAAGCAUCCGGAGUCGCAUUUUCCCUCCACACAAGGGGCCUCUUCUGGCCCACUGAAGGCACACAGCCGCCGCCUUUGAGUGAGUUCCAAGGGUCUGUUUGCCUCCGGAGGCCUCUUGGAUCUAGAAAGCACCUCCUUUCUAGACCCAGAAUUUGAGAUCAGAGGCAGAAUCAUCCCAGGGAGGAGCUGGAAAAUCAGGUCCUGUGCUGGAAGAACCCAGGACUUGGGCAUCUCAGCAAAAUCCUUUCAGUGUCCUUGCCAAAUCUCCAGCCUAGAAGAUUGGCCUGGGAAGGUCAAAACGGGGUCAGAAUAGCAGUAACAAAUGGUAGAAGAUACCCAGUCUUCUCUGCCGACAACUGGGGACACCAGCCCCAUUCAGAUUCCUUCUACCUCUUGUGGGAGCCCGCAAGGGUGUCUCACGUACACUCUGAAAUUAGUGUUUUUGGCUGUCACUUUUGGGCCUUCCUGCUGUUAUCUGUGUUUCCUGAGGCCACACUACCCAGUGGACACCAGUGAAGUUCCACUGACAGUAAAAACUCAGGUUUCAUGGCCGCUGCCCGCUUCUGCUCACAAUGAGGGUCCAGGUCCUGUGCCCAUGUCUCCCCAGUCAUUUCUGGGGUCCCCAGGCAUAUCUUACAUGAGCUCACCACUGGCCUCUCAAGCUGCAGUUCUUCCACUUGCAGCUCCUGGAUGUCGUCAAGCCAUGAAGCCACUGCCUGCGCCCCAGGGGGACCGUCCCUGCCCAGCUCACAGCCCUCUCCCGGCGCUGCAGACCCUCGAAGUGCCUGAUGAGUGUGUCCCACCGUGAGUCCUCCCUGGCCAAGCCCAGGCUGCAGUCUGCAUGCACGUAGGAGAACUUGUGCUCCCUAAUUCUGUGUCUCUCGGGUCCCAGAGCAGGUUUUGUGCGCUCUGGUUCACCCAGAGCCCUGGGGAGAGCCACUUCUUCAAGCUUCUGCUCAGGUCCCCUGUCUGUGGGGCUCAGACACGUUCUCUAUGUUUCCUCCUCCCUCACCCCAAAUAACAAUUUGUUAUUUCUUAUGAUUCUCCAACCUGGGCUGGGCUCAGCUGGGCAGGUCUUCUGCUCCAUGUGGUGAGGGGGGACUGGGGUGUCCGGGGUGGUUUCCUCACUCACAUGUCUGGCACCCCAGCUGGGAUGGCUUGGGGAGCUGGGAGCUGGCUGGGCAUCUCCGUCUCUCCACACGGCCUCCCCACGUGGCUGCUCCGUCUUACAGUGUGAAGGUCUCGGGGUAGUUGGACUUUUUACCUGAGCUGGCUUCCAAGGGCAGCAAAGCUGCCAGGCCUUUUGAAGCGUAGAUCUGGAAUUGGCACAGGGUGACUUCCUCCACAUUCUCUUGACCAAGGCCAGGCACAGGCCAGCCUCCUUAAAGGGGAGGGAAAUAGAUUCUACCCCUUGAUGGGUGGAGUGGCGUGCACAUGCAGACGGAGGGGAUGGACGGCGGCCGUCUUGGAGACUGUCUACCACAGGACUCCUUCCUCAUUCUACAGCCACUGAAGCAUUUAACAGCCAGUGCAGUCGCCCCAGCUUUCUCUUCCCCUGUAGUGGACACCUGGGAGCCACAUAUUCUGGAUGGAGUAACCACAGGAUGCAAGCCAACUGGUCCUAAAUCUUCACUUGGAAGGGGACUACCCAGCAGAGGCCCUGAGGCCCACGGCUCACUUCGCAUGAGUGAGAAAUAAACUUUGAUGUAUUCAUCCUCUGGGACUUUAGGCUUUAUUUUCUACUGUUGCACAAUCUAGCCUACCCAGGUUGUAGGUAUCAUUAUCCCUGUACUACAUAUGAGAAAACUGAGGCAUGUUGGUUCCAUGACUAGUCAGAGACUGAGUUGAAGCUGGAGCUUGUAUCUGACUCCAGAGAGCCUUUAACCACUGCAUUGGCUGCUGUUACCCUGGGAAGAGGAGAUGGUGGGGGAAGACAGUCCUGUGGGCCUGGAUUCUGGAUCACUUGAAAUAGCAUUGCCUGUGGUGAGGACAGAGAGCUCACGGACAGCAUGAAGAGAGACCCACAGGGAAGCGCCUAACACAGUGCCUGGUGAGCAGGAGGUGCUCAGCUCAGCGAAGGUAAGCUGCGCCCACGGCCAUGAUUUGACAGCCUGGGGAUCCCAUGAAGGGGCAUUACUUCGGCUCACUUAACCCGGCCAUUGGUCCCUGGGCUUUGCAGCUCAGAAACUGGAUUUGUCACCACCAAGAGCAGGGCUGUCUCUCAGGGCUAUGUUCACAGUGACUGGGCUCAGGAGGCACAUGGAGGAAACCGAGUGAGAGCCCAACUGCCAAGCUACUGUGUUCACUGCCAUGUGCCCUGCCCCCACCCCUGUUGCUCCAGGGGCCAAGUCUUUCUUGGAAGGUGGCCUGGCAGUCUCGGGACCAGUCUUGAAGAAUCCUGGUGUCCCUGAGCAGCACACUGAGCAGCCUGAGGUCCCACCUCCACUGCAGGAUGCCCCCAUUCCACAGACCUGGGGCCCACAUUUCCAGACCAGGGCUUCCUCUCUCAGGAUAGAAUAAGAUGGCACUGACCCUCAGGUGCCCCCUUUCUCUGUGACCAUGGCUGGCCAGUCCCUUUUUAGGAGAUUGACCUCAUAGAAAGGAGACCUGGCA